GCGAGAGCCAUCUCGAGCGCCAUCGCCAGGGCUACCGCAAGCGCCAUCGCCAUCGUCACCACCUUUGGCGCCACGUCCUGGCUCAGCAUAGGCUGCAGAGCGACACUACGUGGAAAGGGAUCAGUCGUCUUCUUCUACACGUUGGUCGUGGAGCUGUACGCGGAGACAACAAGAUGAAGAAAGCGUGGGAAGUUUUGGUAGUUGCGUUGCUACUGGAGCUAAUACUGUGUUGCGCCCUCCGCUAUGCCGUGUAAGCCCGUGUGGCGGGAAAGGAGGAUUCCGAUAAUCCGCGCCGCGGUUUUCCGACGCAGGCGGCGGGGCGGCGUCAAGAAGGUUAUGCCGGGCGGCUGAGGCGGAAUGGUGAGGAGUUAAUGAGGGGGAGAGAGUUGCAAACGGGGUUCCAAUCGGGGUGCCCGCCUGUAAACAACCUGAUGCUCACCGGCUGCAGAAUAAUCGUGUCAGAGCAGAAGGAUCCGGCUUUCCUGCCAAGUCCUUACGGCAACGAGAAAUGCUUCAUCUUCAUCCAGAACAUCGUGUAUGGCCCAGGGGGUAAGCAUAUCUAUUAUGUCGUCCAUCAAUUUUGUGAGGGGCCAGAUGAGAAACGAACAAAAGAAGCGAUGUCGUACUUGGAGGCCGAUCUGACGAGCGUCAGCGAGGGAGUCGGCGCAGUCGGCAGUCUUGCAACCACUCGGCUUAUCAGCCACUGGUGGCCUGCGCUGAUCCCUAACGGUCCGCCGCCGUUGAGUGCUGUGGUGUUCGUACCCCAAACCGGAAUGCCUUACAUGGCUCUUGGGUGGGGAACGGAGAUAUCGAAGAACGGAACGCAUCUGCUCCUCUCGGCGGCGAGCUACGGUCCCUCUGAUCCGUCGUGGGUUGUCGCGCUGAACAUCGCCAAUGGCUCGCGAUCCUCCAUCCCCAUAACGGUGGCCUUGGCAAAUGGAUUGACGUUCAACCCCACCAAGACAAAGAUGUACGUCUGCGACAUGCAGGAUCCAGCUAAGAUUUUGGAGGGCGCGGUCAUCGAUCCGGAUGUUCCCACCCGCUUGGUGAUGACGACAGUUGUCGAGUUCGGACCUCUCUCGGGAUACAACGUCAGCAGUCCGGCGGUCGGGCCGUACAGCUUCAGCGGUGAUGGCAGUUGCCUCUACUUCUUUGAUGAAGAUUAUCGAAGAUUGUGGACGUUUCAGACUGUGUCUCGCGUAGCCACGCUCAUCGCGGUGGGCAGCAACGAUACGGCGGUCCCGUUGACGUCAAGCGCCCUUCGAGUGCCGGUGGAAGGCGGCCUGACCGCACUUGCUGUGUCGUCGAACGGCGUGAACGUUUUCUUCACCACGAGCUGGGGUGAGCUGUUUCUCAUAACCAUGUCCGAGCCCUGCGGGACCCCCUUGAUGGUGGAAGAGCUGGCGGAGCAUCCCACGGAAUCCUUUAGCGGACUGGCCAUCCAUGAGGCGGACGGCAAGCUGCUCGUGGGCACCGGCAACGGUCUGGUAUUGGAAUUCACGACGACUCUUCUUCCUUCAGGUCCUUCAGCUUCCACACCUUCGCCGCCUUACACCUCCAGUGCCGCCCCCCAACCUCCGAUGUCCAGAUCGGUUCCAACUGCUGCUCCUCCAUCCUCACGCGCCUUUCCUGGGCCUGCAAAUUAAAGAUCGAUUCCAACAGCUCCACCCUCUUUCGGUCCGCCGAACCCUACACCUCUCCUCAGUCGUUCCCAGGUAAUUUCCGGCAAUUUUCCGCUAAUCUCAAUAGCGUACUCAAUCUAGGGAAUUUUCUUCUCAUACGAUGCAUCUGCUGGUCGACUGCGUGUCGACUCUCGCUCUACUUAGUAUCAUGUGCAAUACGAAAUCCUUUAUAUUUUAUUUGUCUUCCUAGUUCAACUUGCAGCACAUUAGAACUUCUUGCCUCUUUUUCUUUCGGUGCGCAGAUAGAAGCGUAGAACUGAGUGUGUACAGAUGACGUUUUCAGUCGCGACAUCCGGCCGGCCUCGCGCUUACCACGAUUUUCUCUCUUCUCGCGGAGGUGUCGUCUUCGUCUCGGAUGAGAGCACUUGGUCGUGCAAAGCAGGUGGGACAGACGUGUAGAUCUGCAGUACUUCUGCUUCUUGUUCUCCCUGUUUGACUCGAAUCUAGUCCUUUUUUUUUUUUUUUUUUUCGGGGGGGGUGGACAAUGCUCCAAUCUAUUCGUGGGGAGCCGCACGAAUCUAGUCCUUGUUAUGAGCUCCGGUGUAAUUCGGAAGUGCGCACGCGAACAGCUCGGGCCUUUGAUUUCACUGCCCAUCAACCUAGUCAUCUUUCAUUCACUUUUAUAGGUAAGUAUAAGUGCCGGCAAUACCCAGACAUCCGGGUGGCGUUGGAACGCGCAGGUAGGGAGGGGGAUCCGGGUUGGAGGAGAUCUCGAUAUCCCAGUACCCUUUUUUGGGGGCGCAAGUACGUUGGUGUCACCGGUGUAGUUCGUAAUAGGCGAAAAAAACAAUGCAUAGGCGCGUGUCACAGGUGUAGUUUGUAAUAGGCAAAAAAAAAACAAUGCAUAGACAGGUUUCCCGCAGCCCGCGUUCGAAAAGGCAAUCGGAACACAGGCCGGUGCUUCAGACCAGUCGUGUGUUUGGAUUCGGCAGGUCCAUCACCGGUUCCUUCCCAGGCACCGGGCCGGUCCGCUUCCCAUGGGACAUC